GAUUACGAAUUUAAAACGCAUAUGAUGAAUAAAUUAUUUUCAUAUGGGAAAAUAUCAAUUUUUUUUAAAAAAAUGAAAAAUAAAAUCUAGACCAAGAGAGCGACCACAACUAUGCAACUCUGUUCACUUUCCUUUUGAACCAACCAACAUAUGAUCACUUGUGUACCCCACGAGUUGUUUAGGAAUCUCUCUCAUUUUCAACACUUUUCUCCGAGAUUAUUCACUUGUAAAGAGAGUUCUCUCCAAUAAGGAUCUGCAAUGGCAUACUACAACUCGAAUUAUUGGGAUGGCUACACGGGUGAGUACCAAGAUUCUUCUUACAACAGUCAUGAUGUUGUUCCAUUUCAUUUCUCGCAAUCUUACUCUGAUUUUGAGCCUCAGACAAAUUAUUACAAUGAUUCCAUUACCUAUGAUGCUUCCAAUCAGGUUGAGUAUUCUGGUUUUUAUGAUCCUUGUCUUGUUAAUUGUUCUGGAAUGAAUUAUUCUAUGCAUUCUUUCACUGAGCCUGCUGUUGUUGAAUAUGAUCCACCUACUUAUCAGACACAAUAUUUCAUUUCUUACAAGACUGUAACGUUUAAUGAGUCGAAUAAUGAAGUGUAUGAUCCAACUCCUUAUGAUGGUAUCUAUGAUGAAUAUGAUCCCACUCCUUAUGAUGGUGGUUAUGAUCAAACUGUCACUUAUGGCAAACCUCUUCCACCGUCGGAUCAAAUCUGUUAUCCUCGUUCCAGUACAAGCCCUGCUGGCUUAUCUCUUGAGGGUUUUUCUUAUAAUUCAAUUCCUUCACCUUAUGGUGACCAUGAUUCUGGCUCUAGUUCUACGACGAAAGCACUCGAGGAUGGAAAAUCAGCUGAUGGAGGGGGAGGAAAAGAGUCCAAUGCUGAGAAUGAGGGCACUCUGGUGACAUCCACUAAUUUUGAUGAGGAGAAGGAAUCCAAUGGUGAAUUAGAGAUUGCCCUGGUUGAGAAUUAUGAUACGGGCAAUGGGCGAGACAUUGAAGGGUUUAACAGUGGUCAUGAUUACCCAUGGAUUUACUAUGAUUAUGGUUAUGGAGAUGGAAGGAUUGAAGGGUAUGAGAAGUAUGGUUAUGAUAAGCAAGUUGUGGCUCAAACUCAACAUGGAUAUGGUUCAGAUGGGGUGAUGAAUUAUUGUGAAAGUAUACUUGGUUAUUGGCCUUGUUUGGCCAAGAAAAACAAGAAGACAAAUGAAUUGGCUCAAGAAAAUGGAAACACAAAAGGGGGGUCCAACCUGCCCAAGGAAACUGAUUUGUGCAAAACAGCUGCAGAGUACAUUUUUGGAAGUUCAGUAGGAUGUGGAGAAGCAAGUGAUAGAGAUGGCAUUGAGAGUUAUUAUAGACAACAACCUUGUUAUGGGCAAGAAAUGUAUUAUGAGAAGUGUGAUGAGAAUUCAUGGAUUCAAAAGUUCAACAUAUUUUGAACUUUGAAAAAUGUAACAAAUCUUUAUUAGAACUUACUGGCCUUUAACUUGAUGUGGAUUCUCCUUCCAUUCUUUCUUUAA